AUGUUCACCUUGAUUCUGCCAUUUCUGUUGCAUUUUACACGGUCCGAAGGUUUCGGUUACGAGAAGCUAUUGGAUGAGCAGAAAAUUAUCAAACAUCUAUUGGAAAGUCCUCAUAGCGAUUACGAUUGGCGAGUUCGUCCCCGUGGUCGUCUGGGUCCCGCUGACGACGACGAUUACGAUAGUGAACCAGUAUUCAUUACAGUCAACAUGUACUUAAGGAGUAUUUCAAAAGUCGAUGAUGUUAAUAUGGAGUAUUCGUUGCACUUCACAUUUCGAGAAGAAUGGAUUGACGAGAGGCUAUAUUUCAAUAGCCCUACGUUGAAACAUAUCGUGCUGUCACCUGGACAACGAAUUUGGGUGCCCGACACAUUCUUCCAGAACGAGAAAGAUGGCAAGAAACAUGACAUCGAUACUCCGAACAUUCUAAUUCGGAUACAUAACGGUACAGGAAAGAUCCUGUAUUCGUGUCGGCUUACUCUGACCCUGAGCUGUCCAAUGAGGUUGGCCGAUUAUCCGCUUGACGUACAGACAUGUGUAGUGGAUUUUGCUUCAUACGCCUAUACUACAAAAGACAUCGAAUAUGGAUGGAAAGAGGAAAAACCGAUCCAGAUCAAAGAUGGCCUUCGACAAUCAUUGCCUUCGUUUUUGCUCAGUAAUGUGAAAACCGGUAAUUGUACGUCAGUUACCAACACGGGUAAGUGUGACCGAAUUUUAUUUACUUAUUUAUUUAUUUAUUUACUCGAUAUAUUGUAUAAUGCAACAGCAGAAAUAAAAAUUAGUAGCAUGUUUAUAACAUCAGUAAUCGACGUUUUCGGAAUUAAUAAAGCUCGAAGGUAA